AUGUCCAAGAGAUCUGCGGACGCUUCCGACGAGCAGACCGCUGCUCUCAAGGCUGGUGAGCGCCCGGUCGCCGAAGCCCCUCCCGACGAGGUGGGGGAAUUUGAGGAUGAGUUCGAGGACGAAUUCGAGAGCGAGGAUGAGAUCCUGGAGGCUGGGGUCGAUGGACGCCCUGAUGCUGAGCGCGAGGAAGAGGAGAAAGAUGCAAUGGAAGUAGACCAACAGACAUUCAUUCCGGGACGCACAAAACUGGCCCCUGGAGAGGUUCUGUCGCCGGAUCCGUCGACAUACGAUAUGCUACACCCCCUCAGCACCCCGUGGCCCUGCUUGUCGUUCGAUAUCGUGCGUGACUCGUUGGGCGAUAACCGCAAGACAUACCCUGCAACGGUGUACGCCGUUGCCGGAACACAGGCAGAAGGACGUCGGUCCAAGGAGAACGAGCUCAUGGUUCUCAAGCUGAGUGGUCUGGGCAAGAUGGAGCGAGAGAACGAGACAGACUCCGAGAGUGAUUCGGACGACGACGACGACGAGGGUGGGGAAGCAAUCCUCGAGUCCAAGAGCAUCCCCCUAGGUUCCACGACCAACCGGAUUCGCGCCCACCAAACCCCGUCCCAAUCUGGCGAUUACUCCAAGCCGCCUCAAACCAUCACCGCCACCAUGCUGGAAAACUCGCAGGUGGUUAUCCACGAUGUCACUCCCUACCUCACCAGCUUCGAUGUCCCUGGCACGAUGCUCCCGCCGUCGGCCUCGAAGCCGCUGUCGACGCUUCGCAUGCACAAGUCGGAAGGAUACGCGCUGGAUUGGUCCCCGCUUCAGCCUCUCGGCAAGCUGCUGACCGGUGACAAUGACGGACUCAUCUACGUGACAACACGCACCGAAGGAGGUGGAUGGGUGACAGAUACGCGGGCAUUCACGGGCCACAGCUCAUCCGUCGAAGAACUCCAAUGGUCGCCGAACGAGAAGAACGUGUUUGCAUCCGCGAGCAGCGACGGAACCGUGAAGGUGUGGGAUGUGCGAUCCAAGUCGCGCAAACCGGCCGUGGACGUCCGGAUCUCCAACACGGACGUCAACGUGAUGAGCUGGUCGAACCAGACCUUCCACCUUCUCGCCACGGGCGCCGACGACGGUCAAUGGGCCGUCUGGGAUCUGCGACACUGGAAGCCCAACGCGUCCGCGCCCUCGGCGCCGAUCCAAGCAACUCCCGUGGCAUCGUUCGAUUUCCACCGGGAGCCUAUCACAAGUAUCGAGUGGCAUCCGUCCGACGACAGUGUCGUGGCGGUCGGGUCGGCCGAUAACACCGUUACUCUGUGGGAUCUUGCGGUGGAGCUGGACGAGGAAGAAAACCGCGAGGCAGGACUAUCGGAGGUGCCUCCACAGCUCUUGUUCGUGCACUACAUGGAAUCCGUCAAGGAAGUGCACUGGCAGGCCCAAAUGCCCGGCACUCUCAUGGCGACGGGAGGCAGUGGAUUCGGUGUUUUCAAGACGAUCAGUGUUUAG